GAGGCGCGGUGGCUAGAAGGCCGAGUGAGCCCUGAGGCGGCGGGCGCGGUUCCGGCGGUUCUUGGUGUGCGGUUCCCGCGGUCUCUCCAGGGUGGUGCUCAGCCGAGGGCGAGAGGCUCAAGAUGUCGAGGAAUUUCUCUGACACAGACAGCAGAAAAGAACAUGUUAAAAUCACAAGUAAGUCCAAACCAGGGUUCCUGGAGAGGCUCAGCGAGACUUCUGGAGGCAUGCUGAUGGGACUUGUGACGUUUCUUCUGUCUUUCUACCUUCUUUUUACCAAUGAAGGACGAGCUUUAAGAACUGCCAAAUCUCUUGAUGAGGGACUUUCUCUUGUGAUCCCUCUUGACAGCAUCCACAGUGUGUCUCAGCAGAAUGAAGGCCGACUGGUGCACUUAGCUGGUGCCCUCAGUACAUCUAAGCCUUUGUUUGAUCCCAGCUAUGGGCUCUCGAUCCAGGCUGUCAAACUUAAGCGCAAUGUGGAAAUGUACCAAUGGGUAGAAUAUGAAGAAUCCACGGAAUAUGAAGAGAAUGGUGAGAUUAAGAAAGAGACAAAGUAUUCAUACAAUACUGAAUGGAAAUCAGAAGUUGUGAACAGCAGAAACUUUGAUCGAGAAAUUGGACACAAAAACCCAAGUGCCAUGGCUGUGGAGUCCUUCACUGCUGUUUCUCCUAAUGUCCAGGUUGGCAGCUUUGUUCUUUCCAAGGGUCUCGUGGAUAAAAUUGAUAACUUCAAGCAGUUGAGCUUGUCAAACCUUGAGGAUCCACAUGCUGAUGUAACCCGAGGAGGAGAUUAUUUUUACCACAGUGAGAACCCCAGGCGUCCAGAAGUAGGAGACCUUCGUGUCUCAUUCUUCUAUGCAGGUUUGAGUGGGGAUGACCCCCGUUUGGGCUCUGCUGACACGGUGACUGUGAUUGCUCGCCAGCGAGGCGACCAACUGGUUCCAUAUCAUACCAAAUCUGGAGAUGUCCUGCAGAUUCUGUACCUUGGGGAUCUCUCUGUGGAGGAAGUGUUUCAGAAAGAGCACGAGAGUAACAGCAUGAAGACCUGGGCGCUCCGUGCAGCAGGCUGGCUGGCAAUGUUUGUAGGCGUCAGCCUAAUGACCCGAAUCUUUUACACUUUGGUGGACUGGUUUCCUGUUGUGAGAGAUCUGGUCAACAUCGGGUUGAAAGCGUUUGCCUUCUGCGUAGCCAGUUCGCUGUCUCUCCUGACCAUCUCCAUCGGGUGGCUCUUCUACCGCCCUCUCUGGGCUUUGCUCAUCGGGUUGCUCUCUGUAGUUCCCAUUGUGGUUGCAAAAUCCCGUGUUCCACCAAAGAAGCAGCAGUGAGGAGGAGGUGGUGGUCGGGUUUGGCGUUGAAUCCUGGUUAGAAACUCUUCAAGUGUAUUUCUGCGCUGGUUACUGCAGGGUGCUUGCGGCGUAUCACAGCUCAGCAGCGGGCACCGAGAGCUGGGGAGGGGGCUUGGAUGCGGUUGUUGUUGAUACACCUCAUCCAUGGAAAAAUAUGGCUAUAGGAUGCUGUUGGGAGGAAGUCAACGACAUCGACUUUGGGGGGGAAAAAAGCAUUUUGGAGUGUCUCUAUUUGCUAUAAGUGAGUGAACAAGCGGAUCUGUACCUCUUUGUGUUUACUAAUUCCCCCUGAUUUGAGAACUGGCAAGUCCUCACUGAGAGUUGGGGCACCUCGGGUAUUAUGGAGAAAGUGCCAGCUUUAUCCCCUAGAGCGUGGCUCAAUAUCCUGAGGAAAUCCAUGUGUGUACCUGCCUCCAACAACCCCUCCCUCUGCUGCCUUUUCUCCUAUGCACAGUCAUGUAUCAUGUACACUUCUUUGGCUGAUGCAUUUGGAAAUGUAGGUGUUCAAAGGAAAAACACAAUUUUGUCACAUUUUACACAGUAUUUAUAUAAAAUAUAUGCUUUUGGACUGAGGAUUUUCAAAGUAACUUGAAAUACUGAGUAGCCAGGUUAGCAGUGCUCUGAGAUAGGGUGGGUUUGACAGAAAGCAUUGAUUUCCCCCAACUUUUUAGAAGUCUCUGAAGUUGUUCUUGGUUAAGCAUCCGAAAUGGUAGCGUGGACUAUACCAUUGCAUAACUGUUUCCAAAAUGUACCUUCAAAUUGCACUUAUUUAAGGCGAAACUCAGAGGUCACAAACAUUGAAAAAUAAAAACUGCUGCCUUGAAACGAAAUUAACUUUUAUAAUUGAAUGUAUAUUCUUCAAAUAUUUGUUUUUUGGGUUUUUUUUGCUGUGUGUACUGUUUCUUUCUUGAAUUUCACUUAGUAGGGACAAUGAACAUACUCCAUGAAAUUAAGUAAUGAGAACGUAUUUGCCUGAUUAGAUUUCAUAGACUUUAGUAGCCUGAAUUUUGAGCUUUAUAUCACAUUAGAGAAAUGCUGCCUUGUAGUAUCGUGAUGGCUCAUGUUUACGUAUUUCUGCUGUACCAAGUACUUGAGAUGAGACUGUCUUGUACUGUUGUUAAGUCUCUCUCCACACAGUGAGGGUCUGGCUUCCAAAUGUGCCCUCCCUACGCUAUAGUGGGUUUUUUUUCUGUAAGUUUACACAAUUCGGUACAAAAAUAAUGGCUUAAUUUAUGAAAUCCAGUUACAACUGUCUCCAUACCAAAGGAACCUAACUUGAACAUACGUAGAAGCAAAUGUUUGCUACAAAUAGUAUUGAAAUAGAGAUCUGAGUUAGGAAUCGCAAGUGUUUUGAGAAGUAGUAAUUACUUGAUUAGCCUUAAUUCUUUUCAUUCUUCCGGUAUUGGAAUUGUUGAUUGUCAGUUGGUUGUCAGUUCAGUCUUGUGGUGCGGUUCCUUGGUAGAAGCAGAGGUGGUGACUGAGGGGCUAUAGGAAGGGUGAGGGGUCUCGGGGAUUCUGCCCAGGCUCCCUGCUGCUCCCUAGCACCAGCUUGGCUCAUUCCGUUAAGAAUCGUGCUCCUCUGGGGAGAAAACCAGCUGUGGGGCUGCUGUUUUACCAGUGAUGCAGGAAACAAACCCACGUUACCAUAUUGGAGAUGAAGAUACAAUUUUCUACAGAAGUGCUGAGCUUUUGUAUAUUUAAUAAAGUGCAAUUUUCACAA